CAUUUGUGUAUGUGGCAGCCGCGGGUGCAUUGUUCGUCAUUUCUCUAUACAAAUAAAAGAGUCAUUAUAUUCAUCUACUUUUUCUUCAUGUAGAAUCAAAUUGGAAUAACACCGUGAUAUUAGAAGAUCGCUCGUAGGCCGUUUCGGUUUAGAUAGAGCAAGGAACCGUAGCAACCAUGGCUCAAGUUUUGCCGAUACGUUUUCAGGAGCAUUUACAGCUCACAAACAUUGGGAUAAAUCCAGCAUCAAUAUCCUUCAACACACUCACCAUGGAGUCAGACAAGUUCAUCUGUGUCAGAGAAAAGGUGGGUGAUACGUCGGAGGUUGUUAUCAUCGACAUGGCUGACCCUACCAAUCCCAUCAGAAGACCAAUCAGUGCAGAUUCUGCUAUCAUGAAUCCAGCAAGCAAGGUUAUUGCGUUAAAAGGAAAGGCUGGAGUAGAAGCAGCGCAAAAGACCCUCCAAAUAUUCAACAUUGAAAUGAAAUCCAAGAUGAAGGCACACACUAUGACCGAAGACGUUGUGUUCUGGAAAUGGAUAUCGCCGAACACCCUCGCCUUGGUCACGAAGAUGUCGGUCUACCACUGGUCCAUGGAAGGCGACUCCACUCCCGUAAAGAUGUUCGACAGACACUCAUCGCUUGCGGAGUGCCAAAUCAUUAACUACAGGACAGAUCCGAAACAGCAAUGGCUAUUGCUUGUUGGCAUAUCAGCCCAACAGAACCGCGUCGUGGGCGCAAUGCAACUGUACUCGGUGGAGCGCAAGUGCUCGCAGCCCAUAGAGGGCCACGCUGCUUCCUUCGCGACAUUCAAGGCGGAGGGGAACGCUGAGCCGUCGACUCUCUUCUGUUUCGCUGUAAGAACACCCCAGGGAGGAAAACUGCAUAUUAUUGAGGUGGGUCAAACCCCAGCUGGCAACCAACCGUUCCCUAAAAAAGCGGUCGAUGUUUUCUUCCCCGCCGAGGCCCAGAGCGACUUCCCCGUGGCCAUGCAGGUGUCGCCGAAGUAUGACGUCAUCUACCUGAUCACAAAGUACGGCUACAUACACAUGUACGACAUCGAGACCGGCACCUGUAUCUACAUGAACCGUAUCUCGUCCGAUACCAUAUUCGUGACGGCCCCUCACGAGUCCACUGGCGGAAUCAUAGGUGUCAAUCGUAAAGGCCAAGUCCUCUCAGUGACAGUAGAAGAAGACUCCAUAGUACCGUACAUAAACACGGUGCUGCAGAACCCUGAGCUAGCGCUCCGUCUCGCUGUAAGGAACAACCUUGCCGGAGCAGAGGAGCUUUUUGUGAGGAAGUUUAACAUGCUAUUUACUAAUGGACAGUAUGGAGAGGCAGCGAAAGUAGCAGCCAUGGCGCCGCGUGGUAUCCUUAGAACUCCGCAAACCAUACAGCGGUUCCAGCAGGUGCCCACACAGCCGGGACAGACUUCCCCACUACUACAGUACUUCGGGAUAUUGCUAGAUCAGGCGCAGCUUAACAAGUUCGAAUCCCUUGAAUUGUGUCGCCCUGUUUUGCUGCAAGGUCGUAAGCAGUUGCUAGAGAAAUGGUUAAAAGAAGAGAAGUUAGAGUGUUCAGAAGAGCUUGGAGAUCUUGUCAAGCAAGUUGAUCCCACUCUUGCAUUAUCGGUGUACCUGAGGGCCAAUGUUGCAAGCAAAGUUAUUCAGUGUUUUGCUGAGACUGGCCAGUUCCAGAAAAUUGUACUUUAUGCUAAAAAGGUUGGUUACACACCGGAUUAUAUUUACCUCCUCCGCUCUGUGAUGCGAACUAAUCCUGAACAAGGUGCUGGGUUUGCUGGCAUGCUCGUUGCCGAAGAUCCUCCAUUAGCCGACAUUCAGCAGAUUGUUGAUGUUUUCAUGGAGCAGAAUAUGGUGCAACAAUGCACCGCCUUCCUACUCGACGCCUUGAAGAAUAAUAGGCCUGAGGAGGGACCUUUGCAAACCAGGCUGCUGGAGAUGAACCUGAUGUCGGCGCCGCAGGUGGCGGACGCCAUCCUCGGCAACGGCAUGUUCACGCACUACGACCGCGCGCACGUGGCGCAGCUCUGCGAGAAGGCGGGCCUGCUGCAGCGCGCGCUCGAGCACUACACCGACCUCUACGACAUCAAGCGCGCCGUGGUUCACACCCAUCUGUUAUCAGCUGACUGGUUGGUCAGCUACUUUGGGACGUUAUCUGUUGAAGACUCGCUUGAAUGCCUCAAGGCUAUGCUUCAAGCGAAUAUUCGUCAAAACUUACAAAUCUGCGUGCAAAUCGCGACGAAGUAUCACGAGCAGUUAACGACAAAGGCAUUGAUUGAAUUAUUUGAGAGUUUCAAAACUUAUGAAGGACUCUUCUACUUCCUUGGAUCCAUUGUCAACUUCAGCCAGGAUUCAGAAGUUCACUUUAAAUAUAUUCAGGCCGCUUGUAAAACGGGACAAAUCAAAGAAGUGGAGCGUAUUUGCCGUGAAUCGAACUGCUACAACGCUGAGAGGGUAAAGAAUUUCCUGAAAGAAGCAAAAUUGCCCGAUCAACUUCCACUUAUCAUCGUUUGCGACCGUUUCGAUUUCGUGCACGACCUAGUACUGUAUCUCUACAGAAACAGCCUGCAGAAAUACAUUGAGAUAUAUGUGCAAAAGGUCAACCCAUCCCGCUUACCUGUGGUUGUCGGCGGUCUUUUAGACGUGGAUUGUGCGGAGGAUAUAAUCAAAAACUUGAUUCUUGUCGUACGUGGACAAUUCUCCACCGACGAACUCGUUGCUGAAGUCGAAAAGAGAAACAGAUUGAAGUUGCUCCUGCCCUGGUUAGAGACUCGUGUUCACGAAGGUUGCAACGAGCCCGCUACACACAACGCCCUCGCAAAGAUCUACAUCGAUUCUAACAAUAACCCUGAGAGGUUCCUCAAGGAAAAUCAAUGGUACGACUCGCGCGUGGUGGGGCGCUACUGCGAGAAGCGCGACCCGCACCUGGCGUGCGUGGCGUACGAGCGCGGCCAGUGCGACCGCGAGCUCAUCGCCGUGUGCAACGACAACUCGCUGUUCAAGACGCAGGCGCGCUACCUCGUGCGGCGCCGCGACCAGGACCUGUGGCUCGAGGUGCUCGCCGAGUCCAACCCCUUCAAGAGGCAGCUCAUCGACCAGGUGGUGCAAACGGCACUUUCUGAAACGCAAGAUCCAGAGGAUAUAUCCGUGACUGUGAAGGCAUUCAUGACAGCUGACUUGCCCAAUGAACUAAUCGAGUUGCUUGAGAAGAUUGUACUGGAUAAUUCCGUUUUCUCAGAUCACAGAAACCUCCAGAACUUGCUGAUAUUGACAGCUAUCAAGGCGGACCGCACUCGUGUAAUGGAAUACAUCAACCGCUUGGACAACUAUGACGCUCCCGAUAUCGCGAACAUCGCUAUCAAUAACGAACUGUAUGAGGAGGCUUUUGCAAUCUUUAAGAAAUUCGACGUCAACACUUCAGCCAUACAAGUGUUGAUAGAUCAAGUGAAAGACUUGAAACGCGCUUAUGAAUUCGCCGAACGUUGCAACGAGCCCGGAGUCUGGUCUCAGCUCGCUAAGGCGCAACUACAACAGGGGUUAGUGAAGGAAGCCAUCGACUCGUAUAUCAAGGCUGAUGACCCCUCAGCCUACAUGGACGUGGUAGCAACCGCCACUAAGCAGCAAUCGUGGGAGGAUCUCGUGCGCUAUUUGCAGAUGGCACGCAAGAAAGCCCGCGAGUCGUACAUCGAAUCCGAACUAAUCUACGCGUACGCUCGCACCGGACGUCUGGCUGAUCUCGAGGAAUUCAUUUCGGGGCCGAACCACGCUGACAUUCAAAAGAUCGGCGAUCGUUGCUUCGAUGAUAAAAUGUACAAUGCGGCUAAGUUGCUUUACAAUAACGUCAGCAACUUUGCUCGUUUAGCUAUUACAUUGGUGCAUCUUAAGGAAUUCCAAGGUGCGGUGGACAGCGCUCGCAAAGCGAACUCGACGCGCACGUGGAAGGAGGUGUGCUUCGCGUGCGUGGACGCGGGCGAGUACCGACUGGCGCAGAUGUGCGGCCUGCACAUCGUCGUACACGCAGACGAGCUCGAGGACCUCAUCAACUACUACCAGGAUCGAGGCCACUUCGAUGAACUGAUCAGCUUGCUGGAAGCAGCGUUAGGUUUGGAAAGAGCCCACAUGGGAAUGUUCACGGAACUCGCCAUCCUCUAUUCAAAGUUCAAGCCUGGCAAGAUGCGCGAACAUUUGGAGCUGUUCUGGUCACGAGUCAACAUUCCGAAGGUUCUACGUGCAGCAGAGCAAGCGCACCUGUGGUCCGAACUUGUGUUCCUAUACGACAAGUACGAGGAAUACGAUAACGCGGCGCUUACUAUGAUGCAGCACCCUACUGAGGCUUGGCGUGAGGGCCACUUCAAAGACAUCAUUACUAAGGUUGCCAACAUGGAGCUCUACUACAAAGCGAUUCAGUUCUAUCUCGACUAUAAGCCCCUUUUGCUGAACGACCUUCUGCUCGUGCUGGCGCCGCGCAUGGACCACACGCGUGCCGUGGCGUUCUUCACUAAGGCCGGACACUUGCAGCUCGUUAAAGCCUACCUGAGAUCUGUCCAAAGUCUCAACAACAAGGCCGUCAACGAAGCUCUCAACUCCUUGCUCAUUGAUGAAGAAGAUUAUCAAGGUCUGCGAACAUCGAUAGAUGCUUUCGACAAUUUCGACACCAUUGCGCUGGCGCAACAACUAGAGAAACACGAACUGACCGAAUUUAGACGAAUUGCUGCUUACUUAUACAAAGUUGCAACUCUGUUAACAGGCAAUAACCGGUGGAAGCAGAGUGUGGAAUUGUGCAAGAAGGAUGCUUUAUACGCGGACGCUAUGGAGUACGCGUCUGAAUCUCGCCAGCCGGAAGUGGCGGAGGAACUGCUUGACUGGUUCUUGGAAAGAAAUAACUUUGAGUGCUUCUCGGCUUGCCUUUAUCAGUGCUAUGACCUCCUGAAACCUGAUGUUGUUAUCGAACUUGCGUGGAGGCACAAUAUCAUGGACUUUGCCAUGCCAUACCUUAUUCAGACGGUACGCGAGCUAACGACAAAAGUAGAAAAGUUAGAAGAAGCAGACGCCAAACGUAGUACAGAGAGCGCUGAGCAAGAAGCCAAGCCUGCCAUGAUCAUGGAACCUCAACUUAUGCUUACGGCUGGUCCGUCUAUGCCAUACCCGGGCGUGCCCGCGCAGGCGUCGCCGUACGCGUACGCGGCGCAGGCCCCGUCGCCCGCGCCCUACCACGGCUACGGCAUGUAGGGCACCGCCGCCCCCUCCUGGGGAGCGUACGCGCGCCUCUGAGCGCCCGCACGAGCCGACACCGGGGACCGCGACACGCUGACGCCGAACUCUGUACCUUCGACAAUCUUAUGGCAAUGUGGAAUGAUUUAAUCCAUUUUAGAAAAAGAGAAUAUACUUAAUAUGUUAUUAUACUCUGAAAUUCUGCGAAGCUAUUUUCGUUUCAAAAGACUUGCUCUAUCCCGAUUGGCUGGUGAAAUGUUUAACCGGAACAGCUGUUAUAAUACUAGCUUUUAUAAGCUUCAAAUGGAAAAAAACGCGUAGUAAAAUAUAUAUUUACAUUUUUUUGUAGAUAUCCAGUAUUAAAUGGUGUGUGGUCGUCGGUAUGUCGUUGAUAAUUUAUUUGAUUUUACGAAACAACAUUCUCUAAGCAUUUUCGAUUGUAACUCAUUUUAAAUAUAAAAUGAGAUGGAACUUAUGAAAUAAUUUAGAUUUUCUACAAAACGGGUUUACUUUCGUAAGCGGCAUGGCCUAAUUGAGUUUUUUUAUCCUUUAUAAGUAUUCAAGUUAUCGGAAAUGCCCAGAGACCUGUAGUCCAGACGUUUAGACCGAUAUUUAGAACUAUGAAAUGAAUCGGUCCGUACAAAAAUCGUAUUCAAAUUUAUAUACUUCUCAAACAAAUAAUGUAUUAUUCACCAUAAAGAGUUACUUGAAAAUAUUUACUCUUGUUCAUUGGGAUUCGAUCACUUAUUAUUAAAUCUUAGUACCUUUUAAUAUGACUGCAACAAACAUGACGGAUGCAUUACGUGAUUGAAUCUCUCUAUAGCAAAUUUAUUUAAUUCUCUUCAAUAGUAUAGCUCAUACUGACAUACUACAGUAAUAUCAAAGGCAUCGUACACAUAUUGAACGACCCCCAGCUGUUACUUAAAAAAGCAAACUUUGAUUACGAUAAAUGUCUAAUAAUUAAUUGAUGUAAGGAGUGUAUAUGAAUUAAGAAUACAGAAUAUGUAGGGAAAAUUUGUGUUUUGCAACUGUUUUUCAAGCAGCUAUAACCAAAUUAUAGAUUCGUCUGAGCUUAGAUGUGCCACUAGGUGCAUAGGUGAAUAAUAACAAAUGUUUAUGUACAUAGUGGUUAUUUACACGACGUCGUCAGAAACGUAGCUAUUUAGCUAUUUAAAUUAUUAAAAAAAAAGAAACAGAAAAAUAUUCGAAAUUAUUAAAGGAAAAGUUGGUUUCAUAUAGCUGUUAUUCGAUAGUUUGUUUAAAUCGUGAUUUAAUAUUGUUAAACAUAUAUUCAAUAGAAAUGGCUUAAUGAAUUUCGGUAAUAAAGUUAUUAGGAGAGUAAAUAUUCGACUUAAUAUUAAGCUGUAUUCAAAUGUUUGUCACGCAAAAGCUAAAUCCAUAUUAUUUAAUGUACAAAAAUUGAAAUGUUCGUCUCUUAAUGAUUAUUGUUAUGUGUAUAUAAUGCUUUCAAAAUAAAUAAUGUUAACAAUCGGGCAGUCACAGUAAAUAAAAAAACAUGAUGUAUAACUUGAAAAAUAUUACGGUAAUAAGUGAACAAUAGGUAUGAUUAGGUUUAGUUUAGAGAGAUGUAGCGGUUACGAUGUUAUUUUUAUUUUAUUAUUUCGGAUUAAUAUUAUGUUUGCGAGCGUGUGCGAGUUUGUAUCUGUCACGCGUGCUGCUUGCGUUGCGUCAUAUAUCACACCUUUGUAUGCCUUCACUAGAUAAUACUUAAGGUUAUUAAUUAUAGUUAUAAACCAGCGGUCGUCUUGAGCCAUUGUUAUUUUAUGUCUAUCAUUAAUAUUUAAUCGAGAUUAAAUAUAUAAUAUUAUUUUUUAAUGUUAUCUUCGAAUGUUAACAGCAUGUUAAAUAACUCCCGAUAAUGUUAUAUUGUAACGCUAUAAUCGCGAGUGUCGUAGAAACAUUGAUUAUAAAUUUUAUCAUCAGAAUCAUUCCCUGUCAUUAAAUUAAUAAAAGUAAUGUUUAUUUUUCUUAAUAGAGAAAAUAUUAACAAUAUAAGACAGAUAUAAAUGGUUUAAUUAAUACAUUAUUAGUAUUGUAUUUAUUCGUGUAUGAUACGAUUUCCCUGAAUUGGAUUAUAGUAAGAUUAUAUAAUAUGAAUAAAUUAA